AUGGAGCACCUCGUUUUGAUGGUGAAGCACCACGAUCCGGUGGGGAGCCACACCGACCGAGUGCUCGGCAUGGUUAUCGUAGACGCGGCCACGGCCCUACAGGCACCCGGAAUUUCGACGCAGGAGUGGUUCCCCGUUCGGAAGGGGCCCGGGAUGAAGGCCGGGCAUGUUCCUCAGGGCAAAGUCCACGUCAAGGUCACGUACUUCGUGGAUAGUAGCAGCUUAGACGACAUGGAGAGGAUCAAUAUGGACGACGACGAUGGCGACGACGACGACAACUUUAAUGCCAAGACAGCAUCCGAACCGUCAACAAACCACACCCUCAACCUGAUCCAGGCGCCGAACGUGGUGACGGUGCUGGUGGAAGCCGCGCGCAACCUUCGCCCCCCCGGGUCCAAGUCCAAGGGGCUCUGCGACCCCCUGGUGGUCGUGAGGUGCGGGGGUAAGGCCAAGCAGUGCAAGGCGCUUAGGAGAACCAACAACCCCAAGUGGCACUUCCAGGCCCAGAUCGGGAACGUCGACCCGCAGGAGCUCUUGCUCAUCGAGGUGAUGCAUAGCGGGACCAUGUCAAACAAGCUUAUCGGGCAGGCGAGGCUGACCAUGGUCGAGAUCGCGCAGGCCGGAGAGAGCCUCACGCGCUGGCUCCCGUUGCUAGACGAUGGGUCGUCUUCGAGGCCGAGAACUCUCGUUGAGAAGCGAGAGCGGGAGAGAAAGGCUCUAGAGAACAUGGUGGGUGAAUUCGAGUACGAGGAUAACAACGACGAGGAAGACCACAAGAGGAGUGAGACGGCGAAGGCGGCGGCCCGCGGGGCCGAGGACGAGGUGGACGAGUUUGAGGAAGAGGAGAGGGCAAGGGAGACCCAGGCCUUGGCUGCUAGGGCGGAGUUCGAAGAGAGGCUGGCGGCAGUCAGGCCGGGCGACUACCAGUUGCAGAUCCACGUGAUCGAGGUCUCUGACCUCAAGGGAAAGGACUCCUCGGGCACCAGCGACCCCAUUGUCCACGCCUCCUGCCUGGGAACGACCAAACAUACACGGGUCCGCAAGGGGGUGAAUUCGGCGGUCUUCGACGAGGUCCUCUACUUCAACCUCCCCAACCUAUCCAGGGACCAGCUGAUGCAGGCUACGGUAAACUUGCGCGUCCUGGACGCCAACACGUUCCUCCGCGACUCACUCAUUGGCAGCUACCAGUUCGACCUCCUUGGGAUCUACGUGGAAAUGGGCCACGAAGUGUACCGCAUGUGGGUCGCGCUGCGGGACGCGGAGAGCGGGGAGGAAAGCGGCGUCCAGGGUUUCCUAAAGCUGAGCAUUACCGUUCUUGGUCCGGGCGACCGGCAGCGGGUGCACGACAUGGUCGAGGAGAUGCAGGAGGAGUUGGCGAAAGAGGCGGAAACCGGGGGUGGGGGCAGGGGAGGUCUUGUGCUCAUGGGCCCGGCCCUGAUCCCCCAAGAACUUCGAUUUCUGGUGGUGUACGUGUUCUCGGCGCAAGGGCUGCCUAGCUUUUCUUCGGUCGGCAUUCCGUCGGUGAACGCUCUUGUUCAGCACGGCGGUAAAAGCCAAAGGACGCGACGGUUUGUCCCCUGGAUGGGCACAGUGUGGCACAAGGAGAUGACGGGGAGAGAGAUCAUCGCUCAUGCUUACUUCGACUUCAACGCCAUCGCCGCGACCCCCCGUGGAGAGAACGCUGGCGAGGGGGAGAAAAAGCGAGGGCUGUUCGGACGUCGCGUGAAGCAGUACCCGGGGCCACCCCCCCUGUGGAUCAACCUGUACGGGGCUCCCGCCGGCAAAAGCAAGGGGAGGGAAGCGGAGAUAAUGAAUCGCUACCCGAGCAGAGGGUCGGCCUACCGUGGCAGGCUACUGGUGGCAAUGAGAGUGGAGCCCCGGCCGCCCUCAAAGCUGGGAAACAGAGGGAAGCGAAGCGCCAUGGAUUUCGAGUUGCCUCCUGAGGCGAUCAUGCCAGAAACCGCCAAGUACACUCUGCGCGCUUUGGUUCUUCAAGGGUCAGAUAUCCCCGUUUUCAAGUUCCCCAACGCCCAGGGCGCGUCCAAGAUGAGAGUCGUGGUGACGCUAGGACAGGCCAAGCUUGAGUUCCGGGCAAGGAGUAACCGCAAGGGCAUCGUGGAGUGGAAUGAGGGAGACGAGUUGCACAUGCUGGAACUUCCUGCUGACCCCGCGCAAAUUCCGGACAUCUUCGUGUACCUGGUCCGAGAUAUGCCCGAGUCCCGUGUGAGUUACGCCCGAAUACCAGCCGUCGAAGUUAUGUCGAAGCGAUUUCGGGGAGAUCCCUACUGGCAAGAAUUAGUCGCGGACAGGACGCGGCAGGGGCUACGGGCCGUAGGGUCGGACAAUUUCCCAGGAUCGUUACUGAUUCGGCUGGGGCUCGGGAAGGAUGCCAUGGCCCGGCAUAACCCUUGGGAAGAGAUGUUGAUGCUUUCUCAGCAACCCGCUACCGGGACCGCAUACCUAACCGCUGCUGUCACCGCGGAGGAAGACGCCGGCGAGACUCCGGCGGACACGGCGGCAUCGGCGGCUGGAACGGUGGCGCAGGGAGUGCUAGGGCAAAAGAAGCCUUACUGUCUCAGGGUGCACGUGUUUCAGUGCCGGGGCCUGCCCAGCUCGGAAGCAAGCGGGCUUCUCGACCCUUACAUCAAGGUGCGAUUCAUGGGCCGCAAGCAGAAGACUAAGCACGAGGGUAGCACGGCAGACCCUUGCUUCUACCAGACCGUGGAGUUCCACGAGAUGCUCCCCGAAGACCUGAGGUUCGCUCCAGAGAUCAGGGUUGAGGUAUGGGACAAGGAUGUGUUGGGGAGCAAUACCCACGUCGCCGGAUGCCGCUUUCCCAUGUCGAUGGCGACGUUCUCUAGAGGGAGCGGUGCUCACGUUCCCACGCCCCAGUGGUACCAGCUUCGCGACACGAACGGGCGACCCGGAGUAGGCGAGGCGCUCAUUUCCUUACAGCUCAUGCCGAAGCGCACGGUGCACGACAAGUUCCCAAAGGCCCCGGACAUAACUCCGACGUUUCGCACGGCCUACCUUGAGGUCGUCACGGUCGGGGUGCGGGACCUCAAGCCCUUUGGCUUCCAGGCGGUCGCGCAACCGUACGUACAGUUCGAGAUGACCUCGGGCGGUGAGAGGGUCAGCUUCACGACUCAUGCUUCGAAGUUCCCCUCGGGCAAGAACGCCAACUUCGCGGAGAGGAAGGUCCGCACGGUCCUCCUCCCGGAGGAUCCGCUUUUCGCGCCGCAGCUCUGUAUCCGGGUACUGGACAAGCGAAUGUCCGGCUUGAAUAGCCCCGUGGUGGGCACCUGCAGCGUGGCCGUUGCGACGAAGAUGCCCUGGAACGACGCGGGGUACUGCCCCCCUCAGUCUCAAUCGUUCAGCAGUCGAAAAGACAAGGCCGACGACGGCGGGCGCGGCAGCAACAACAUUGACAGUAGGAAGGGCUCGCCACGCCGGACACGGAUGCGACCGGCAAGAGCUAGCGGCAGCCCGGACGACCGAAAGACUGGCGGGAGCCGCAGAAUCAGCAACGAUAACGCCCGCAACAACGAUCGCGGGAGCGAGGAAGAGGAGGAGGAGGAGGGGGAGGGGAGGUACGACGAAAUAAAGCACAGCAGCAGACAUCCUCCUCGCCAGGGCAGACGUCGGCAACAACCUUCCGACAUCCAAACCCGUGCCACCGACGGCACUGUCACCGCUGACGACCACAACAGCGGUCGCACGUCGACGCGGGGACUCCGCGGUGGCGCGAGAGCGGCAGCAUCAGCAACGGCAGGGGUCGAUUCUGAGGCCGCCGAUUUCUCCGAGGUUGUCCAAAGGAGAACCGAGGGGGACGCCUCAGCGAUGACAGCGGACGCCGCCGCAGACGUCGCAGACGCCACCGCACCAGCAGCAACGAGAAGCUUGGCGAGGCCUCCGAACUUCGGCGUUGGAGCUGUGGAUGUCACUGCUGCUGACGGAGGCGGCGGCGGCGGUAGUCAAGGCGGAGGCGGAAUGAGAGGGGGUGAUAGGGGUUCGGGGCUGGAGUUGCCCCCCAUCGAGGAAGACCAGGUGUACCGUCGAGAAAUGGUGAGGAGGACGGUUAGCGGUGACGAGAAACCGUACCGAUCUGGCGGCGGUGGUGGCGGCGGUGUUACCGGAGGGAUGCAGAAAGCGGCAGCAGGAGACCCUGGCAAAGGAGGGGGCGUUGAGAGGCCCGCUGGCCACGCGCCGGCGUGGUACGAGCAGCUCAUCAAAGGAGGAGGGAAGGCGUUGGGAGCGAUCGACGCGGACGAAGAAGAAAGGUGGACUCUCGAAGAACUCAACAUUGACUUCCCCAACGAGUGGGCUAGCAACGAGUUUUUGGAGGGUCGUAAUUGGUGGCUGAAGAGAGACGGCGGCGGUAACGAGAUUGAGAAAUUUCUGAAGAACGCUCCCUUCGAGAACUACCCCCUCUUCCUCGGUGCGGAGAAGCUCAAGGGCGGAGUCCGGCUGUUCCGCCAGACACCCCGGCGAAAGGUAGGCCUCCUGAAAGGGCUCGUUGCGGUCUCCGAAUCCCCGCCCGAUCCCGAGUCAAGCGAGUUCGUCGACAUGCGGCUGCUGAGGGCCCCCAAGAGCUAUGCUUGUCGGCUGUACGUGGUCAAGGGGUUGCACCUUCAGCCGAAGGACAUGAACGGUCUUGCCGACCCAUAUCUCCGUUGCAAGGUCGGGAAACUGCGGUUUGACGAUAGUAAAGACAAAAGCAACAUCCAGAUGGCCACCCUCAAUCCAGAGUUCUUCCGAGUGUUUGAGUUCGAGGUGACCAUGCCCGGGGAGUCGCAGCUCAAGCUCAAGUUGUACGAUUACGACCGCUUCGGCGCGGACGAGCUGAUCGGCGAGACCGUGAUAGACCUCGAGGACCGGUGGUUCAGCCGGGGAUGGCACGACCUGGAGAGCCAGGACCCCGUUGCCUCGGAGCGGAGGGGCAUCGACGGCCCCUACAAGCCGCUCGAGCUGCGGGACCUGUCCGUGCCCACGAGCGCGAACCCGCAGGGGCAGGUGAUGAUGUGGCUGGAUAUCCUAACCCUGCCGCAGGCCCGCCGCUAUCCACCAGUCACCAUGGAGCCGCCUUCACCGCUCAAGGUGGAAGUCAGGGUGGUGGUCUGGAGGAGCGAAGACGUGGUUGCCUGUAACGACUUCUCUGGCCUACGAGACCUAUACUGCCGAAUGUGGAUGGAGACAGACUCAAAGAAGAAGAGAGACACGGACACGCAUUGGCGGUGCCGGAACGGGAAGGGGUCAUGGAAUUACCGCCUGAAGUUCGAUGUGGACCUCCCGCUCAAGAGCCCCGAGCAUGGCCGAAUGGUGCUGCAGAUGUGGGAUCGCGACGUGCUCUCGGCGAACGACAUCAUCGCCGAGACGUCCAUUGAUCUCUACCGCUGGUUUCUUAAGGUAUACCGGGAGCAGCGAUCAACAAAGCCUUUCCUCGUAGUCAAGGAGGCCAGAAAGCAGAAGGCGCACGAGGAAGCCAUGGCCUUUGUCUCAGGGGUGCCCACGCCCGGCCGAGGUACUGGCCUCGGAGGGGUGGCAGGGGCGAAGAGGAAGGCCGGCCGAAGCAACAGGCGCGGUGAUCGCCGAGGAAGACGGCCGGGUGACACAGCCAAGGGGAGAAGAAGGAAUAUCAAGCGAAACAGCGAAUUGGGAACGAAUGCACAAUGGGUGGGGGGACGCAACAGCAGCAUCGACAACGAUGACGAUAGCGAAUACGAUGACGACGACGACGACGGCGGCGGCGGCUCCAGCAGCAGUAACGCUGAAAACAGCGGAAGCGACGGUUUGCGGCGUGCGUUCGGGCGUGCUUCCAACAUCAGACCUGCGGUGGAUGACGAGUACAGCGAUGAUAGUGACGGCGGCGACGACCGAAGCGUUGAAACCGGGGCAGACUCAUCGGUGUCCACUACCGAAGACGAUGGCGAAGACCAAUCGGACGAAGAGAAUCAACCGCUGUUAGGGUCGGCGGGGGGAGACAGAGAAACGAAGCAGUCGACAGAGGCCGCCCAGGCUGCGAUGGUGCGGAGACCGGAGAUUGACGAGACGGACGAGGUCGUCAGUACCAUAAAGGAAUGGUUUGGCAUCGGAAAAGCACCAGCGGACGCUCAGUGGCUGGAACUGACGAGACGCGAUGCGGAGGCAGGAACCGUAGAGAGAAUUGGCAAGGUGCUCAUCUCUCUGGAGCUCCUCCCCAAGGAGACCGCGGAUGCCCAGCCGGUUGGGGCCGGGAGAAAUGAUCCCAACCAAAACCCGUACCUGCCCCCGCCCGCCGGACGCAUGAAGUUUUCCUUCAACCCCUUCCGCCUCUCGAUGUCACUCCUCGGACCGAAGGCUUUUUACAAGGUGGUCUGCUGCUGCGUCUGCGUCAUCCUCGCCGCCUUCAUCGCGGUAGCAGGAAACUACAUCACAACCUUUGAGAGUCUUUUCUGAUUGUUCCUCUGAUUUAGGAGUCGUGUACAACGUGUGGAAGAGAGCGAACGUGCGUCUUCGUUGUUGUUGGUGGUGUCUUCGAAAUAGCUCCGGAUGCUCUUUCUUUGUCGACUUUGAGAGCAAUUUCGUGCUGCCAACCAUUCGCCGCCUUGCUUGCCAUGACGACAGUGGCGGGCGGUGUUGGUCGAGACUACUGGUGGAGUUUAUCGUAGGAGCAACGCAACUGGAUGCAUCUCGAACAUCCAGGUAGAGAGGGAAGCAGCGUCACGCAUGCUGCGAGGUGGCUUGUGCCAAGCGCACGUCGUGACGUUCUCGAGGGACCACAAACUGCUGUGUUGCCUUCAAUGCACUCAACCUACAAAAAUCGAUUCUGGC